UCUUAAGAUUGAAAUCCAACGGUUUAAUAAUGCCCUUACAACUUCAAGGAACAUCCAUUCUAUAUCUUUAAGCUUGAAUAAACGUCUGGAAGAGAUAAGGAGCGAGUGAUCAAGAGAAAAGAUAAAUCUGAGGGUGAUCUUCACAAGGCUCGCAACGAAGUAGUCGGCCUAAAAGAAGAGAUCCGGUGUUUAAAGAGUAAAAUAGAAUUUCUUCUCGCCUAUUCAGAGGGUUCUAAACAUCAAAGGUCCACCAAAUCCCAUGCUCAUGUUGAAUGCUUCGAACCUCGUAAGAAUAAGGGGUCUUUGGUUAUUCGUCCUGACAAAGAUAUUUCGGAAUCUGGUUUGGGUAAAGAUUUGGAUAGUUCGUAUUCUGAUCCCUAUAUCCAACUCUACGAUGCAAACCUUGAAGUUUCCAGGCUCGACCAUUUGUACUCUGAUAUUCAACAAACUUUGAAUUCUACUAUCUUUCAAAUGGAAGAAUCUGAGGAACGUUAUAAGAAUCAGGUCCUUCAUGUAUCUCGCGAAAGAGAUGGUCUUUGUAAUGAAGUUUCUUAGGUCAAGGAGGACAUCAUGGGUUUGAACUUGGAUCUGGACAAGAUGGAGAAGGAUGCUUCUAAAGUUGCGAAGAUGCCUCGCAAAAAUACCCAAGACUAUCUGGUUAAGCUUUUUGACGAGUUUUGCGAUGGCCAUGGUAUUCCUCGUGCAGCUCUGGACCUUGAGGUUUUCACUGAUGAUGAUCAACAGGACGAUAAGAAAGCUACGUCUGAUGAUGGGGACGAUGGUUCUGAUGGUGGUGGCGAUGAAGAAAAGAUAGAAGGUGAUGCUUCUAAAGGAGAUUCGGCUCCUACAAGCUUCGUUGGACAACCCUCCAAUCCUCUUGUUCAAUCUCAAGUAGCUAAUGUCGAGGCAUAUGUUGCUGCUACUAGCGCAGGACCCGGCGAAUGACCUGGCAAAGCUGAAAUAGAGGUCACUGAAGGUGUUACCCUUCAGCAACAAUCUUGAUCCCCUUUGUUUCUCUGUAUUAUUUUUCUUCUCUUGACGAUUUUACUUAAAUCGGGCGCUCCCAAGCUUGGGGGCAGAAUAUUUUGGAUCUUCUCUUUCCUGUGUUUUAAUAUAUCUCGCAUGUCUUGGACAUAAUUAAAAUUUGA